UCAUACGCACGAUGAGGAACUCCACUGUGUUAACAGCUUUACUUCUCUGCAGCCUCAGCUGGAUCUCUGUCUCAGGUUCUGAGUCUCACACUGUGGAGGUUCAGUCUGGUCAAGAAGUCACUCUGCUGUGCUCCAACUAUACCGGCUCUCCCACUCAGAUAAUCUGGUUCAGAGUGGUCAGCAGAAGCCAGCCCCGCUGCGUUUCCCACAUGUUCAAGGCUACAGACCCUGCGAGACUCUGUGAUGGAUUUCAAAGUGGAAAAUUUGAUAUGAGCUCCAACAUCUCCACUCUGUUUCUCCGAAUCAAACAAGUGAACUCAUCUGACUCUGGACUGUAUUUCUGUGGAUAUUAUUUGAGCGGAGCCCCUCUUAUUGUCAGUUCGACGUAUGUACAGGUUCAAGAAGUGUUUGGUGGAAUAACAAAGCUGACCAGCGUGAUCCUGGGCAUUCUGACUGCUUCCAUCAUAAUGGUCGUCAUAUGUCUGGCUGUCAAAAUCAAACAGCUUCAGGAAGUUGAUAAUGAAGAGCAGAAUCCACAAUGGGGAGAGAAUCUGGACUCUGCUGACCUGAAGAAUGUAGCACUGAGACCGUAUUCAACAGCAAUCACAAACAGGAGGCCUGCAUCAGAGAGGGAAGUGGAGACUUGUGUUAUUUAUUCAGCCAGUCGAUAAACUCCGAGAGAAACUGUAACUGUAGCUCUGAGCAGAACUGAUGUUUAUAAUAUUAAUUUGCAUUAGUGACUUUUGUCUCUAAGUGAUGGGUAGGAGGAAUAAAGAUUAUGUAUUUAAUAUGAAAAAUGUCAUAUUGUAAUAAAUAUGAUAUAU